UGGGUGGAACAAACAGGGCAUGAAAAGCCUAACGUGACUAACGGAUCUGCGAACUGUGGUCCCCCUCACUCCCAUCUCCAGGAAUGUAGGCUUUUAGCAGCUGGACCAGCCUCUUGCCUGACCCUGGAGCCGCUCCUCCCCAAAGUAAGAAUCCUGCUGGCUCUGUAGCGGGCGAGCUAGGAGAGGAGAAACAUGGCCUGCGUCCUGAAGAAGAAGUCCAUGAUUGUUGUGAUUUUUGUAGCAGCAUUUCUCUUCCUGCUGAUUUUUCACCUUAUAAAUGAAGUGAAUUUCCCUUUGCUACUAAACUGCUUUGGACAAUCUGGUGCUAAAUGGAUUCCGUUCUCUUACACACUCAGGAAGCCUCUCAGAACUCACUAUGGAUACAUAAAUGUGAAAACACAAGAGCCUCUGCAGCUGGCCUGUGAUCUGUGUGCCAUUGUUUCAAAUUCCGGUCAAAUGGCCGGACAGAAGGUGGGAGCUGAAAUUGACCGGGCAUCCUGCAUCUGGAGGAUGAAUAACGCUCCCACAAGGGGCUAUGAAGAGGAUGUGGGGCGGAGGACAAUGAUAAGGGUGGUAUCCCACACCAGUGUUCCCCUGCUGCUGAAGAACCCAGAUUAUUUUUUCAAGGAUGCCAACAGCACGAUCUACGUCAUCUGGGGCCCUUUCCGGAACAUGCGGAAAGACGGCCACGGCAUUGUGUACAACAUGCUGAGGAAAGCUGUGGAGGCUUACCCAAGUGCCAAGAUUUACGUGACGACUGAGAAGCGCAUGAGUUAUUGUGAUGCGGUUUUCAAGAAGGAGACUGGGAAAGACCGAGUCCAGUCAGGUUCAUAUCUCAGCACUGGUUGGUUUACCUUAAUUCUGGCGAUGGAUGCUUGCUACGGCAUCCAUGUCUAUGGGAUGAUAAAUGACACCUACUGCAAGUCAGAAGGCUUUAGAAAAGUCCCCUACCACUACUAUGAGCAAGGAAGAGAUGAAUGUGAUGAAUAUCUUCUGCAUGAAAAUGCUCCUUAUGGAGGUCACAGGUUUAUCACGGAAAAGAAAGUAUUUGCAAAAUGGGCCCGAAAGCACAAGAUAAUAUUUACCCACCCAAAUUGGACAGUGUCUUGAUGUCGGUUUUGCAAGACCUUCAGUGUUAUCCUGAUAUUACAACAAUGCCUCAACCUGGGAUGAUGAUUCUUUCACCUUAAAGUUCUUUCUCUGCUUAGAUAAGCCAGACAUAAAUGAUAGCUCAGUUAUUAAGAUGAACUUGAGAACUGUGGAGGGUAAUUGUGCUGCUUUGUUUUCUCACUGAGGAUACUACACCACAUAAUGCACUUUAUAGCGUAACUGGACAUUAAUCAAGACAGCAGCGACCUUACCAGUGGGUAUGAUAUUGUUCGAGUUGAGCUCACUGGGAUACCGAACGGUGGGUAGUUUGAACACACAGGUGGUAAAACAUCAGAGAUACAGUAGGAAAUCAAGAACUUUGGCACCUGAGAAGGUUCCCUGUGGGUAUGGAACAUAAAUGAGGAAUGAUAUUUUUUCAAGUAUAGUGUAGAGAGGUGUUUGAGGACAAGUCUACCUCCUUACAAAUAGGGAUAAGGAAGGGCUUCUUCUCUCUCUCUCUCUAGCAUAUGGUCUUCCCACGGGCAACAUCUCUAAGCCUGCAGUUAAGUAAGACUUGACUGCCCCUACCCUACUAACUGGCUGUUUGGCUACUGAAAGAAACUCCCUAAUUCUGGAGACGCCAUCAGCCUAUGACUACUUGCCCAUCUCUUGCUUAUUGAGACAGAAUCUACCAAGGAGCUUGACAGAUUUCUGAGGCACCUCUUUCAAUCUUAAUAUCCAGAUGGUACAACUAAGCAUAUUUUUUUUUUUAAGUUGCCUCAAACACUUUUGAACGUUUUGGAUUGCCUGGAAAAUCAACUUCAACACUGUAAUAACUAAUACUGGGAAAACUUGAAAGGCAUAUGCUUUAACAUUACCAAAAUAGUUUAUUGAUAUUGUUCAAGUCAUUUCACAACAGAUUUUUGUAUGCUUUUUUUAAUCAUAGAACAGGAAAAGUAAGACAUAUUUUUACAUGGUAUUUGUAUACUGAUAAUCAUAUUUCAUAAUGUAUAUUUGUAUAUACAAAUUUAUAUUUUAUAGGCCCAAGAUGUAUACACAUGUAGUAUGUUAGUAAUAUUGUCAGCAGCCACCCUUAGUGAUGCUCGCAUUGCAUUUUGCCAGUGCUCUACCCUUUUCUGUGCUCACCUUUCCCUUAUAUUAUUCUCUCCAAUUGUCUUAAAGUUUUGUCAAAAGAGUCUCUUUUCCAGAUAUUUCCCACAUUUUAUCAAUUCAAUGCACUACUAUAGAUAGCAGAAGGAAGAGUAACCAAUUAAAGCUUUAUUUCCAAA